AUGGCAGUUAGACAUAGUUCUGAAAAUCUAGUUGCAGAUUUGCAAACUGAAAGCAAUACUAGCUUAAUUUGUGGUAUAAACUAUAAUUCAACCAGUACUUUAGUGUCAACAAGAUGUAAGCAUAUAUUUCAUCGUGAGUGUAUUUUAGAGUUUCUUCAAACUAAUCCUAAUUGUCCUAAAUGCAAUAAUGCAGUCACCAGGACUAAUUUGUUAGAAUUCGUUUUUUCGGGAACCAAUACUAAUAUGAGACAAGAUAUAGGAACCGUUCAUAGACCUGAAGAAAGAAUAUUAUCAGGGAGAAAGAAACGUAAUAAACAAUUUAACGACAAUAGGAAUAUUUCAGUCCAACAUAACAGUAUUGAGGAAGGCGAAGUACUAGAUCAUAAUUCAGAAAUUACCCUUUUAGAAAACAGAAUUCGUUCCAAUAUUCAAAGUAGCUUACACGGUGAAUUAAGUCAUCUUAAGAACGUGGUAGAACGAUUGUCACAACAAUUCCAGGAACUUAACUUGAAUGCAUCUAAAGAGCCUGAAUGGCCUAGAGACCCUUUUCAAAUACCAUUAAAUCGACAAAAUUUUAUUUCUCAUCGUUCAGGCAUACCAAGUUCGACAGCAGAAUCUGCGCAUAUUAUUCAGAAUGAAUACAAUUUUCCUCCUCCCCGAUCAAAUGUACCCCAUUCAACAGCUCCAUCAUUAAAUGCAAGUCGUGAGAGACCUUCACUUUCCAUUACCUCUAUUAACAACAGUGAUGAAGAAAAAAGUAAUUCCGAGAAUGAAGACACAACUGUUGAUGAUGAUGGUUAUUCUAACUUUUCAAAUUCAACGAAUGAGUAUCGAAACCAAUACCAUAAGGAUGUAGUAGAAGUUCUUGAACAAAUAAAAGAGAAAUACAAAACGUCACAGAGUGAAGAUAAAAGAAUUCAACUUCUCACGCUUGCUCCAAGAACAUGGAGUUCUGCAAAAACUAUGACAGUUUGGAACGUCUCAACGAAAAAUUGCUAA